CCUCCCGUCUCCGUCAAGUGAAGCAGUGAGCACGGCAGAAGGUGGCAGCAGUUUGAGUUUUUGUUGAGCUUGGUAGGCUGUCUUGUCAGGUCGGUUCAAACCACACGGAGAGCUCCAGAGGAUCGUCUGAACGAGAGAGAGACAAUGGAGGAGACGGGCGGUGCAAGUGCGUACGGGGUUUCGCUCGCAGGUGGAGGCUUCGACUUCUACAAGUUUGUCCGACAGCCGCAAACCAUCGUGCGGCUGCUGAGCUGGAUAUUUGCCAUAGUGGUCUUCGGCUGCAUCACAGCAGAGGGAUACAUCAACACUCUCCACAGUCCUGAGGCAAAGUGCAUCUUCAACCAGAAUGACUCGGCAUGUCAGUACGCUGUUGGCAUUGGGGUGAUUGCCUUCCUGGCAUGUGUGGCCUUCCUGAUGUUGGAUGUUUACCUGCCUUUUAUGAGCAACGCUCAGGAAAGGAAGUAUGUUGUCAUAGCAGACCUUUCAUUCUCAGGGGCAUGGACCUUCCUGUGGUUUGUGUGUUUCUGCUUGUUGGCCAGUCAGUGGGGUCGCACUCACAAUGUCGGUAGUAUCCCUGAGGACGCUGCACGUGCCACCGUGGCCUUCUCAUUCUUCUCUAUCGCCACUUGGGGAAUCUUGACCUACUUUGCCCUGGGUCGUUUCCGUCGUGGCGUUAAUGAAGUUACCAUCCCAACCUACACGGAGCCACCACCAGAUCACCACACCUCCUACCCUCCAACCUAUGCCCCCACCUCCUACAACCCCACUCCCUAUACCCCUACCACUUACACAGCCUAUCCCAGCAGUGUGGCCGACAUGCACCAGCAGCCUCCCUACACCCCGAACGCCCAGCUGCAAGGAGACGCCGGCUACCAGCCGCCCAGCUACUGAGGCACAUGGAUGUGGUGGUGUUCCAGGUCAUCUUUUGGUGGACUUGUAGUUGUACUACGCAGACCCAGAGCUAUAUCAUAUUGAUGUAGUUUUAUGUUUGUUUUAACACAGUUUUCCAAGUGUUGUCAGAUUUUUUUUUUUGAGAUUUGAAAACCUGAGCAGUGCAGCUGCAAGUUAGAGAUGAGGGACACUGCGGUUUACGCCAAAGGGUCUGUGGUCAGAUCUUAAGACAUCAGGCUAACUGCUGACAUUAGUGCUGAUGAUUGGGUAAUCUUACCUUAGACCUGUGUGCAAAGACGCAACUUAUACCUCAAAUGGGCUAAUCCUGAAGCGGACAGGUAGAUAGAACGUACCCAGGAGGUCAAAGGUCACAUUAUGAAAAAUAACUCAUAACGGCUCAAUCAGGGAGCAACAAGCCAACACAGUAAUGUGAACCUGAGAAUGCAUUUGUACAUAGAUUUCACUACGCAAACCUGAUUUUAAUGGUUGUAUGUGCCUGAUUUUCUUAUUUGGUUUAGUAGAUGUUUCCCCUUCAGUGCAUUUAGGAUCUAUAGACAGUUUAGGAUGUAUUACAUUGACAAAUGAUUUUGUGGAACAGUGGGAACCACUAGACCACUGUAAAGCCAAAUGUCCCCGUGUGAUUAAAUUUUUUUGUUAAUCCGGGCUGUGUAGCAAUUAUGCAGUUAACUUUGUUAGCCAUAUAACCAUAAAAUCACCCUUGAAAGAAAGUGUUACAAUCUUUGUGCUACAGUAAAAUGGCUCUCGUGUUCGCCAUCUCAACUAGCUAUGUUUUUAAUAACUACUCUAAUCUAAGUGUUGUUGAUGGUGACAUGAGAAACCAUAAAACCCCUCCAUUUCUUUAACUUGGACCAUGGCAAAUGUGUAAAUCUGUAGAGGUGUCUAUUGGAUGUUCAGUCAUUGUUGCCUUUUUAGCAAACUUUAAGAUGGACCAGAGGGAGGAGUUGGUAGAUAACUUUGCACUUACUGAGCAGGUUUAUCCACCGAGCAUGUCCUCAUUCUGAAGAGGGUAACUUAUUAACUACCAGCAACAAUGCUUCCUCUUAAGCCCGCAAGCAGAGCGGCCUCACACUUCCUCCAAGGUCUUGAUGACAUUUAGUUUUCUGAACACUGAUGCUUAUCUCUGGUUUACAGGCUUCUUAAUCCUUAAUACUGUUGAAAGCAGAACACAGCGGGCAUGUCUUUACCGAUGACAGUUUAACACCUCAGCCUGCAGUAAUGAGAAUCAAACACGUGUCCUUAGAAAGACUACUGGUUCACUGUGUUGCUUUGUGUCUGACAGUGUGUGUGUCAGUUUAACACCUCAGCUGCCUUGUCUGGCUGUUUUAUCUCAGCUUAAGUGACACAAAAGUUGGCAGAUAGUCAGAUUUUGGUAGUUAUUGCAGGGGUGUGAGCUGACUUUAGAUCCGUCAUUGACAAAUGAGAAAUUGAAUGAGGAUAUUUGUUAACAUGAUGCUGUUAUGGUACUGCAUUGAAGACCUUUGUACUAGUGAAAAAGACAUUGUUGAUUUUUUGGGAAGAAAAGUGAAUAAAAUCUGCCAUGAUUAAAUAUGGUUAUAUUUAGGUUAAACAGCUGUGUAUCACAGCUGCCUUCCCUGCUGUGCAUGAGUGAUUUUUGCAAAGGCUGAUUUUCGUGCAGUUAAUACUCCUCAGUGAACAUCAUUUAAAAUCAUUGUAUGCCUCCGAUUAAGACUGCAGCUUAUUACCAAACCUGAACUGGCUCAACUGAAUUUCUAAAUUGUGCCUUUAGACCUAAAGUGCCCCAUCAUGUAAUAGUAACAAGGCUAAAGUUUGAUAUACAAUGUUGAUUUAAUACCACACAUUAAAUGUUUAAGUUUAUUAACUUGGUAUUUUAUUUGACUACUGCAUAUUUCAAGUGCCAUGUUUUAGAUAUGAGGAAACUAGAAUAAUGUGUAAAAUCAUGAUUUGUGAGUACAAGUGUUUUAUAAAAGAAAAACAAAAUACUGGUUAGGUUGUGGUUGGUUUGAUUUAUUUUCAUUUCUUCUUCCUAGUACUUUUUGUGACAAUUGAGUUGUGAAGUUGCCAUAUGUACUUCUGCUUUCGUCAUUUGACGUCACGGUGUCAAAAGCGGAAGUUUACUUUUGCUUAGAGAAUAAAAUCAUGUACAGGA